GGAUUUUUUAAGCAACCUACGCUACUAUGUACUGUAUUAAAAUGAACUGAUGCGGUUAACUGGCUUUCAGAUGCCCCUAUCACUACUACCACCAGUAUAUCCAUCAAAAUCACGAGACUCCUUAAACUUAAGUACAGAAAUUCAUCAGCCUCCUGAAUCAGGAGAAAAGAUUAGUAGUGCUGCUAGUGAAGCUGCUUUACAUAGAUGCAGAUUAUAUGAAUUGCGCCAGACGUUCUUGGGGAUCUCUACUUCAAAAGACCCUUGUCCGCAUUGUCAGACAGGAAUCUCUACGUGUACAUAUGUGAGCACAGAUAAUCACUCUUUUUAUACCAGCCCCGUGGGUAGUUUAGGGUGCACUGUUUUAAAUUCAGCAAGGUUUGACCGUGGUCCUUCCAUUUAUGUAAGUACCCCUGAUAUUGAUUGUCUUUCUUCUGCCACUGAAUCAGACAAACUUCGUGAAUCUGUAAAUACGUACCAUAAAACUACUCAGAAGCAGCCUUCACUAAGCUAUUAUCCUAAUGUUGAAUACGAUCAACUUGAUACGGCUGAUCAACUUCCAAGUCCUAAUUAUUCAUCCUUUAUUUAUUCAAAUCCUCUUACAUCAUGUGGAAAAUAUGCGUCUAUAGAAUCUUCAUUGUCUGGGAAAUUUACAGCAAAGCCCAGUUUAUUUAUCAGUGAGGCUAGGUUUUGUCCUUUAACUCCAGAAGCCGUUCAUUUAUCCUCAAACGAGUUCGCAGAAAGUUCUAGUCUCUCAAAUUCGGACUGUUCUCAUGAAUAUUUUGCAUCCAAUGAGAAUCUAAACUGUCCGAAGUCCAACAUUAAUAUUACUAGUUUGAAAGAUGUAACAUGGUUAUCUGAACAGUGUAAAAAGAGUGAGGAUAUCCAAAGUUUUUCGCAUCGAUUUAAUAGCAAAAGUUCGGAACCAAGGCACCGGUUUAAUAAAGGUAAAGGUGCAUGUGAUCAAUUGAACCCAAAUUUACAUCAUUCAACAACUAGUUGUUUACCUAUGUCAAACCCUUCAACUAAAGACACAAGAAAGUCAGACCGGGUUAACAGUUAUAAUUUUAAGACUAUCCAAUCACAUGAUUUACAUAGAGAUGAUACAAGUGAUUGUUCUGUGUCUAUAGAUAGAAUAAAUAAAUACGAUUUUCCUUACAAAAAAAAAUAUGCAUCUAUUUUGCCUGCUAAUCUCGAGCUCAGCACAACACAUUCACAUUGUGAUGACUCACAGCUUCGUUCAUCAACUAAGUCUGUGAUUGGUCGCUGUUUUUCUGUCUCACCCAACCAUCGGUUGUCACACUCAUUAUCUGUUUCUCGGGCCAAUCAAAGUAAUGCAAGGGUUGAUAUGAGUGAAAAAGUUUGCACAAUGGAUAACUCAAACAGCUUCACAAACGGACGUAUUUUUAACAAAUGUUUUUAUGAUGAUACACAAAAUCAUAUAACACCGUCAAACCAACCUUCAUCGUGUUCUUCAGUGCCCUAUAAGACAGAUCAGAAAAGAAAAAGUUCUGAAUCACUUUCUUUGAGCGAUACUCAAGAUAUAAUGUAUUUAUAUUCAUAUGGACAUAAUAAUAGUGGUAAAUACAGGAAACAAACAAGUGGACAAAGUAAUCAACCGAAAAGCAAUUACAAUCAGAUGCGUGUCGACUCUAUACUAGAAAAGCAAGACAUAUCGAAAAAAUGUACUAAGCCAGUGUCAAGAAUUACUGCGGAAUGCGACAUCUUUCAGCGGAGUCUUGAACCUAAAAAUAUCCCCGCAGAACAAUCUAGAUCGCAUAGAAACCAGAAUAAAACCUCUUUACAGAAUAGUAUUAUGAUUAGUGUUUCAAAUCAAAGCAGACAAUUAGCUUUGGCACAGGCACAUGCAUUAAAAUGUACUGACGAAGAUGUGAUUUCUUUUGGAACUAGUUUAUCAUCAUUGCCAUCCUCAGCGUUAUCAUCUUUUUGUCCAGGUGACACUUCUCUGGUUACUGCUCAUUCUCGUAACAUUGGUCGCUUGAACGUGACUCUACCUGGUCUUGCAGUCAAUCAUUUGUCUAAUAGUCAUCACUCAUCCGACUGUUCAACGCGUGGUUCAAUAUCUUAUCAGUCUAAUAGUAAUCAUAAUCCAAAGUCACAAAACCCAAAUUUUAGAGGUACUGUCACAGGAGAUGUUUGUAAGCGACGUCAUGGGAGAUUGAAUACUGAAUCCUCUAAAAGUUGUAAAAACAGAAUAGGGAUAUCUGAAAGCUCUUCUAGUCAAUCGCUUUCUCCAUCGUAUGCCAAUGUAUUACUUCCUGCUCAGUCAUUUGAUUUGUCAUCGGGAUUUCCUUCUUCAGAUAAUCUGUCUACUAAUAGGAAUUUAGAUACCAUUAAUAAGCGCUCACCACGACCUUCAUCAGACCAUUCAAGAACCUAUCAAAAAACGCAGGAUUUGGAGAGAAAAAGUAUGCGUAAAAGUAAUUCUCGACAUAAUUUCAAGCCUGUAAAUAAGGAAUCUCAAAUCCACAAUCUCGUUCCUUCAAAAGUUUGUCGUGUUGGUCAAUACAUAUCUGGGUCUUCUUCACUAUUAUCUGUAAGUAAUCCGGAUGACAUAAAUGAUCCUAAAAAGUCUCCUGUAUAUGUAAGUAAGGAUACACGAGAAUAUGACUAUAUCAGAAAAGACCAUAGAAAAAUCUCAAAGUUGGCUGCAAAAAUAUCUCAUUAUCUGGAAAAUGGUAGGGAGGCAGAGGUUAAAAACUUUGUGAAUAAAAUACUACGUAAACCCGAAUCAAGGCGCGUUGUUGAUGAAUUGAUACGUUUAUGUGGAAAUAAUCUUUAUAAAGUUCUCAAUCUUAAUCAAAUGGAGACACUGGAGAAUUUGCAGAAAAAUUCAACUCCUUUGAUUCACCUUGGAGCUUCACUUUCUGACUUAAGGACGUCGUACACGCUUGAUUUCGUCCCGUACAUGAAUGUCGAUUCACAUAGACGAGGUAGUUGUGGAAGCGUACUGUCUUCGCCUUGGAAUAUCACCUCUUACGAUCGUUCUUGGGCUCCUGCGUCACAUAAUCGGUCUACUCUUGGGUGUCCCAAUAAAUUAUCACCGUUUCAGAGAAAACGUACUUCCUUAUACUCACCUAAUACUAUUCGUUACAUUAAGUGGCCUUCUAGUGGAUGUAUUCGAAGCAAACCACCUUCACUGCCACCUCCACCUCCUCCUGUACCUCCAGUUUUGCUUAAAACAACAAUUUUACCACCGGAUGAUCGAAUUCGUGUUAUAGAUAUGCAUGCAAUUGAAGUUACUAAUCGCGUUCAUAUGACAUUCUCUGAAUUGAUUUCUGAUCUGACCACUGGUAUAGAUAACGAAGUUGAAGUUAUACGUUCUUUUUAUCGAUGGACUACUGGUAAGGAUACCAGAUAUGAAGAUUAUGAUCCAGAAGCUCCAUCUGAUUCAUUGAUUGGGAUGUUGAGACAGAUGAAAUAUAAUCAGUUAUCGCGUAAUGAAUUAUUUUAUGAACUAUGCCGGUAUGCUGGAUUACAAUGUCAAUAUAUAACUGGUUAUUCUAAAGGUGCUGGAUAUCGUCCAGGCAUGCCAAUUAAAGAUAAUCAACUGUUUCGUAAUACUUGGCUUGCAGUGUACAUUUGUGAUGGUUGGCGUUUUGUAAAUUGUAAUUGGGGUGCUCGGUAUUUAUCGGAAAAUUUACCAGACGGUCGUUCGUCUUCAUCUGAAUGUGAUGAAUUUUAUUUUCUAACUGAUCCAGAACAACAUGUUUUUGAGAAUUUACCUGAUUUAAAAGUAUGGCAGCUAUUACGCAAACCAUUGAGUAUGGAUCGAUUCUGUCACUUACCACUACUUAAAUCGCCAUUUUUCAAUGCUAAUCUAUUUUUGAAAAAGAAUUAUUCCGAUUGUUUAGUUACCAAAAAUGGACAGGUGAGUGUAAAAAUAAAAAUGUCGAGAUUUGUUGGCAUUUCCUGCAGCUUAGAAAACUGUGCCGAUCAUAGUAUUCUGUUAGGGUUAUGCUUAGUCGAAAUCCUGUUACGACCAUCAGGUACUGUACGCAUUGAAGCUGCUCCAUCACAACCAGGAAAGUAUUAUUUGAACGUUUAUGUUUCACCUGAUUGGCGGCGUGAAGACAUCAGGGAAUUGGCAUGUUCAUUUCAGUUUCCUAGAAUCGUUCUUACAAAAGGAAUUUAGAAAUAAACAUUCAUUGCUCAGAAUAUAAUUAUUCUCGUCUAGUUGUGACUGGUCGAUUGCCUGAAGUUGGCUUUCUUGGUCGUACACCUGCUUCAGAAGUGCAUGGCGUACUAAUGGUACCAGAAGGUGAUGCGUCAGAUGGUCGACCAUACAUUGUACACAAUGAUCCAAGACCUCUGAAAAUUCCUUUUGCCAUUGCUCCUGGUUUAAAGCUAUGCCACCAAUUAAAAUCGUUUGAUCGACCAGGUCAUCAAAUGGCAGAUUGUGAUAGUUAUGCAUUGCUUCAAAUGAAACCAAACCAUCAUAGUAGUAUUACACAUUCAAAGCCAUUCAAAUCUCAGGCUAAUGCCUAUUAUAACGUUCGUCUACCUGUACAAGCAUUUUACUACUUGACUAUUUAUGCUUUUAAUGAAAAUGAUAUUGUCAAAGAUCAUCUAGACUGUGUGUAUCGUAUUUUAAUUGAUGCACGUAACUGUCGUUCUUCUGAGUUAAUUCAGGCUUAUCCGCGUCAAACAUUUUGGUGGGUUCAGUGUCGAUUAAUUGAACCUAAACAUCAGCAUUUAUUCAUUAACCGAAAUUAUAAAUUCUGUCUAGACGCUCCUCAAUGUGAUUCUGUAGCUGUUGUAAUCAAUGGAUCAGAAUGGCACUUCCUUACUCCAUCUUCACCAAUAUCACCAUCUAAACUUCAUUCACCAUCUGGCAGUAAUCAUCAUGGUCGUUGGAGUGGUAAAGUUUAUACUGGCAAAUGCUUGGGACAGUUAUCUGUGUUUGGACGUAUACCUCAUAUUAAUAAAGUUAAGGAGAUAAGUUUAGAAAAUGAAUGCAGAAUUAUUAAUGAUACCAUGCAUGGGGGUUAUAAUGGUAAUGACCAUGCAAAUAAUACUGAUACUACUACUACUAAUAAUAAUAAUAACGAUGAAGAUGAUGAAGAAAAUUCCUAUAUUAAACUUUUAGAUUAUAUUCUCGUUCAAAAAGAAUUGUUUAGCUAACAGUUUGUUUAAGUUUACUAAUAAUUAUCUUUACAGUUUAUAACAUCUAAUCAAACUGAACACUUCCAUUUCCUGUGGAUAUUACUUUUUUUUAUUACCAAUUAUAUUCUUCAGAGUAGCUCAACUGUUAAUACUACGUGUUUCAAAGUACAGUAGUUAGUAAUAAUCAUAUUUAUUAUGUAAUAGUUGAAUAUAUUUUGUGAUUUCCUUACUUCCACUAUUUAUUUUCCGUUUAUUUAAAUGUCUUGAAAAAGAAAUAAUUAAAAUUAUGCUCUCACAAUUAUUCUUCCACUUAUAUGUGAUAAAAUUUACUAGUUGUUUUUUAUUUAUUAACAUUUAUUUAUUUACUUUUAUUUUGUUAUCGACUAGCUAUUUUGCGUGUAUUUAGUAGUUUUACGUCAGUUUUAUUCCUUUUGGAAAGAGAUACAUAUUAAAGUAUAAUAUGCAAGGAGAGAGAGAAGGAGAAUAACAAAAAAAAUUGUUGACUUUUGAUUGUAUUAAUUACGCUUCAUUAUUUCUUUUUGUUUGUGAGAAAAUUUAUUCCACUAACUGACUAAAGUAUGAUGGAGAUUUUUUCCCAUUUCUAGUUGAUUAGUUUGGUUUCCCAAUCGAUUGAUUUCCUUCUUUAGUGGUUAGUAAAAAUAUUGUAUUAAACAAUAAAAAUCACUUGUUUUCUUUUGAUUGACACAAUCUGAACUUCAAUCGACUCUCAAUGAGUAUGCACAAUAUAGCAGUUAUCUAGAGGAAAUGUUUUUCUUCUGCUAAAUUAUCAAUAAUAAUGCUGAUAAAGAGAAUCCAGCGAAGAAAAUUUUGAUUUCUACAAAACCAUUUACAUAAGUUGUACACUCGUAUUUAUAGUUAUAUGGGAAAUAUGUCUAUAGAAGGAUAGGAAUGAUUGCAUCAUAAAUUGAUUCCACACUCUUAUUAUCAGAUGAGUUUACACAAGAAAUUUUUCUACGUUGAAUUCUCUUUAUUUGUAUUCAAUGACACAAUGGGUUAUUUUAAUAAUGCUAUUAAUUUAGUAUUUUAAUUUGAUUCGAUUGUAUUUUCUUUUUUAUUAAAUAUAAUAUGAUAUUAUUAAUAAUAAUAAUAAAAGGGCUACCGUAAUUCUUUACGCACACUCAAAAAGAGAGACAUUUAUUCUUUCGGAAAAGUUUUCUGACUCUCAGUUGAUUAUUUCUAAUUUAUUCACUAGAUUCUAUGCAUAUUCAUUUUAACUGUGUGCAUAGCUAACAUGUAAUUAGUUUUUUUGUUAAUUGUUUUCCUCUUGCCUUAUUAUUGAUUAUGUAGUUUUAAAGCAAUAAAUAAUACGACGGGUAACUUUCAGUCUCCGACUUUUAUUAAAGUUUGUUGAUAUAAAGUGAAAGAAAAUACUGGAAUUUAUAUAUUUGGUUGUUUUACCUUCUUUUCUCAUCACUUAUGUUUGUGUAUUGUGUAUGAUACGAUAUAAUUGUGCUUACUUGAUUAGCU